AUGGCUGUCCAGACAGGUGUUCCCCUCCGGCAAGGGCACCUCCAUGUCCCAAAAGGUAACCUGUGCCAUCAGGGAGGCUGUUCUUUUGUGGAGGUGACUCUGCUGGAAAAUUAUUGCCUGCAUGCAGUGAGUGUGGGCCUGGGGCGGUGCAGGAGCAGUAUAAAAGCAGGGCCUUCUCCUCACUCUCUCAUACACUCCUCUUGCCUCCAUCUCCUCGGGAACAAGGUGCAUCUCCAGCCCCAAGCCAUGUCCUGCUACAACACCUGCCUGCCCUGCCAGCCCUGCGGCCCGACCCCACUGGCCAACAGCUGCAAUGAGCCCUGUACCCUGCAGUGCCAGGACUCCAGGGUUGUCAUCCAGCCCUCUCCCGUGGUGGUGACCCUGCCUGGACCCAUCCUCAGCUCCUUCCCACAGAACACCGCCGUGGGAUCCUCCACCGGUGCUGCUGUUGGCAGCAUCCUCAGUGAUGCGGGAGUGCCCAUCAACUCCGGGGGCUUUGGCCUCUCUGGCUUGUCUGGCUUCGGUGGCCGCUACUGUGGCAGGAGAUGCUUCCCCUGCUAAAGGUGCUGACCAUGGCUCUGGGGAAGAAUGCAACAGACACCCAAUAUGAUCACACCCUGGAGAUGGAGCAUGGGCUUGUUGCUUUGAGAGGGGCUGAGCAACCCCAGCACUCCUUACAAAAGGACAGGGAGAGCCUGGGCUCUCACAAAGCACGGCCCAUGACUGCCUUUCCCCUCUGCCACUCUCUCCUUUCCCUCCCGUGUCCUUGUUCUCUUGUGCUCCCCUGGGCUGUGAGCCCCACCAAUCCAGCCUAGGGAGGACCUGCUGGCCCUGCUCCCUCUGUGGGGCAGGCAGAUGGACACCUGGUGACAUCUCUGCCCUACAGCCUCUGGGGGAAGUCUCCUUUCUUCCCUCAGCUCUGUCAGCACAGGGAUUGCUACUCAAGUUGAAAUUGUUUCCCCUGUCUUGACUCAUUAAAUUUCUGAUGCAUCCCA